AUGAGCUGCCCCUUCCCAUAUCCGUGCGAGCCCCCAAAGCAUCGGUGUGUGCCUGCCUGCACCAAGCAAUGCCGAGAGGGCUUCAAGUGUGAGCAUAUCCAUGCCCUCUGCCUUGCAAAGACGUGUCCACUCACGCAGACGUGCACUGACCUCCGACCCAACACCUGCGGCGACUUGCAGUGUCCGGCCGGGAAGGAGUGCAAGAUGGUCAAAUCCAAGUGUAGCCCUGACAUGCCGUGUGAAUACACGGAGAAGGCGGAGUGUCUUCCUGCCGUCUGCAGCCGAAAGUGUUACGGCGCCCGCAAUAAAUGUAAGCUCGUGACUACCUGCCCGUUUGACGGAACCCAGUGUACGCACCGACAGAUGUGUGAGCGGCGACAGAAGCCUUGCCCAAAAUGUCCACCUGGUUAUGAAUGCGCCUUGCGUAAACGAUGCAGACGUUGCAGACCACGCCCAGUUUGUGUGUUCAGCCAGGGGGUGUGUCCCAGUGUGUCAGCCCAGGCACUUCCACUAGACUCCCUAGCUUGUAAGAAAGAGAUACGGCGACGACCUCUGUGUGCUGAGGACAUCGACUGUAAAAAAUCUCGCAAAUGUUGUACCUCCAAAUGUGGUCGUAAGAUCUCUCAGUCUGAUGUUGUGUCCUUGGGCUCAGCUCAGUCUGAUGUUGUGUCCUUGGGCUCAGCUCAGUCUGAUGUUGUGUCCUUGGGCUCAGCUCAGUCUGAUGUUGUGUCCUUGGGCUCAGCUCAGUCUGAUGUUGUGUCCUUGGGCUCAGCUCAGUCUGAUGUUGUGUCCUUGGGAAAGACCAACACGUCAACGGUCAACACGACAAGACAUGUGAGGAACAGCCACAAGACCACGCUGGCCUCAAACGUGGCGAUGUAG